AUGGCCUGUAUUCUUCGUGGUCUCAUUCGGUUGUCCGGUCUGGACAAGUGCAUCAACCUUGUUGAGCUGAACCUGGCAGGCAACCAGAUCUCCAAGAUCGAAGGCCUGGAAGCCACCUUACAGUUGCGGCGCCUCAUCCUCACCUCCAAUAAGAUAUCGGCCAUUGAAGGCAUCUCCCACCUUAGCCGCCUGGAGGGCUUGUGGCUGCAGGACAACCGAUUGGCGUCCCUGGAGUCUCUGGCCCUACCUCAGCUUGCCCAGCUGCCCGCCCUGCGCAGCCUGUACCUGCAGAACCUGGAUCGCCUAGCGCCCAACGCUGUAUGCCGUACCCCAGGCUAUAAGGCGGCAGUGCUGGCGGCGCUGCCCAACCUGACCAACCUUGAUGGGGAAAGGUCUCCGGCGGCACUCAACUAUGCGGAACUCGCGGCCGAGUACGACGCCUUCCGUGCCAACCCCGUACCACCCAAGCAGUGGGUGGUGCCUGAUGUGGCUCCCUGGCUGGCGGGGGUCAGCCAGGAGGUGCCCAUGGGGGGCGGUCCGGGGGAGGUGGCGCUGCAGCAGCGACAUGCCAAGCUGUUGCCGCUGCGCUUUGGGGCGGCCCCCUGUGUAUCUGGCCAGGUGGUCAAGGUAAUAGACGAGUGUGAAAUGCUGGUGCGGGUGCUGGGGGAGGAGAUCGCCAAGUUCGGCCGGCAGGCGGAGGCCAGGAAGAGCAGUGCCGUGGCGUCAUGA